GUGGGUGGGUAUCGACUACUUAUUAUUGACGGCCAUGAGAGCCACUGCUCCAUUAAAUUUCAAGAUCUUUGCAAGGAGAAGAAUAUUAUUCUUCUCUGCAUGCCUCCACACUCGUCUCACCUAUUGCAGCCCCUUGACGUCGCCUGCUUCUCGCCAUUGAAGCGCAAGUAUGGCGACGCUGUUUCAGGCUUGGCACGCAACCGCACCCACUAUAUCAGCAAAGAGACCUUCCUACUAGCCUUUAAGGCUGCUUUUGAGCAGUCUAUUACAAAGGAGAAUAUCCAAGCUGGCUUUAGAGGCGCUGGUCUAGUCCCACAUGACCCACAGGCUGUGCUAUCUAAGCUUGAUGUAGUGGUGCAGACGCCAGUACAAUCACCACGACGGACAGCCGCCUGGCAGGCGCAGACACCACGCAACGCGCGCGAGGUUGAGGCUCAAAGUACUCUUAUUCGACAGAGAGUAAGAAACCGCCCUAGGUCUUCUGCAAAUUCUCUUGACGAGAAGGUUGUAUAG